AUCCGACCCCAUGACCGCCCCCGCGCUCCUCCUGCGCGUCCUGGGGCUGGUGGCUCUGGGCACCGGCGGCUCCCCGGCGACACCGGCGACACCGGAGGACGCGGCGCAGGAGCACGGCUAUUACCUGCAGCAGCUCUUCGGCCAGUACGGCUCCAACGGGACGCUGCCGUCCGAGGGGCUGGCGAGGCUGCUGGGCAGUCUGGGGCUGGGCAGGGUGCAGGUGGUCCAAAUCCAGCACGACGAGCUGGGCCACGGCCACGUUAGCCACCUGGACCUGCUGGAGGUGCAGGAGGACAAGCACCGGCACCGCCACCCGCUCCGCGAGCACGGGGAUGGCACCUGUCUCAACGUGUCGCAGCUGCUGGGCACGUUCGGCCUGGGCUCGGUGUCGCCGCUGACCCCGGAGCAGUUCACGCUGCUGUGCCCGGCGCUGCUCUACCAGAUCGACAGCCGCGUGUGCAUCCGCCACCGCGACGAGGUGACASCGCCAGCCCCGGCGGUGGCCCUGUGGCCAGCGCUGGCCUGGGGGCUAGUGGCCGUGCUGGCCGUGAGCCUCCCGUCCGGCCUGGCCGUGCUGCUGCUGCCGCUGCUGAGCCGCCGCUCGUUCCGCUCGCUGCUCGCCUUCCUGGUGGCGCUGGCCGUGGGGACACUGUGCGGGGACGCCCUGCUGCACCUCUGGCCGCACGGACACCCCCACGGAGAGACCCCCGGCCUGGCCGCGGGGGUCCCGGCACCGUCACGGGCAGGGACCGAGCUGCGACAUCUGACGGCACCGGAACCGGAGAUGGAGCUGAGACCCCCCGAGGACCCUCCAGAACCGCCCCUCGGACACUCCCAUGGUCACUCCCAUGGUCACUCGCUCGGCCCCGCGGCCGCGGACAUCGUGUGGAUGGUGGUGCUGGGGGAUGGGAUCCACAACCUGACCGACGGGCUGGCCAUCGGAGCCGCCUUCUCGCACGGCCUCUCCAGCGGGCUCAGCACAGCGCUGGCCGUGCUCUGCCACGAGCUGCCCCACGAGCUGGAGCGGGACCGGGACCGGGCUGGACAACUGACCGCGGCCGGAGCGGGACCAGAAUGGGACCGGACCCUUGACCGCGGCCAAAGCCAGACCGAGACCGGACCGGACCGAAACCGGGGCUCUGACCGGAGCCGGACCGGGACCGGACAGAAGAUGGACCGGACCCCUGACCGGGGCCAGAACCGGACCGGAAAUGGAGCCCCGACGGGAACCGGACCGGAACCGGACCCCUGA